UGUACUGGACGUAUGUAUCUACUCAAAAGGAGUGCAAGGCAAAAAAGAAUCAAUACAGAGAGGGAGACGGAGAGAGGCUUCAACCCACGCACGCACGCACCAAUCCGAGCAUCCAACGCCCCCCGCUCCCGCUUCAUCGUCCCUUGUAUAAAACCCCGCGCCUUCCACCCAUCCACCCAUCCAUCCACCCGCUCUGUUCUUCCUGCUGUGCUCUCCACCAUCCACCCAGAUCAUCCAUACCAUACGCACCUCGUCCACUGACUGAGUAGGAUGCCGUGGGUGUUCUCCCAUGUCGUCGUCCUCUGAUCAUCAUCGCCGCCGCUCCGCCGAUAGGCAGCGCUCCGGGAGGACAUGCGAGCUGGGUUCAACGGGCCUGACGCGAUCGUUAUGACAAGUGGCGCCGUCGCGUGUUACUACAGAUUGACGCAGGUCUGCCAGGUGAGGACAGAGCCUCCCGCACCGAAAAACUAGCCGAAUACUUCCGCCAGCUGCUCAAGCCCGUGACGUAGAUUCCACCACAGAAUCCACCACAUCGACCAGACACUCCAUCCAAAAUAGCCUUAAACUAACCGAAUCAAUUUUGAAUUGAACCUGAGAAAGUCCAGCUCCAGCUAACCCGAACCACCAUUGAAUUCUUCUUGUUCGUUUUCCUUCCCUUCGAAAGCAACACCUGUCAUUUCCCUUGAAUUCUCCACCAAACCCAUCCAUCCACAAAGACAUCUGUAGGAGUUGAUCGAGCAGCUAGCAGCAGCAAGUGAAGUGAUGCAGGGAGAUCCAGGCUACGGGUACGGUGGCUACGGCGCCGGCUACGGGUAUGGUUACGGCGGUGGCUACGGUGCCGGCUAUGACAUGGCCGGGUACGGCAACGGAGCCGGAGGAGGUUACUACACCAACGACCGGUACCCCGCGGCGGCGCCGCCUGCCUAUGAGGACCCGCUCGCCGGACGGAGGCAGCACGAUUUCCCGGCUCCGCUCACCGGGCUCGAGUUCCAGCCGUCGGACACCUGCCCCAAGAACUACGUCAUCUUUGAUCAGACCUAUGACCGGAGCAGGGUCAUGUACCACCCGUCGCUGGCCAACAACUUCGGCUCCUCCGGGGGCUACGACCAGCAGCACUGCAACAACGGCGGCUACGACCAGAACUACGUCGGCAAGAGCACCUACUACGGCGGCGACCAGGACGGCGGCGAGUGCUCAAUCCGGCAGAAGGAGGACACCGACGAGAUCGACGCGCUGAUGAGCUCCGGGGACGGCGACGAGGAGGACGACGUGCUGAGCACGGGUCGCACGCCUGCGUGCCGCGGAGGGGGCUCGCCGGACUCCACCUGCUCCUCCGGGUACGUGGUGAGCGUCAGCCCGACUGGCAACGUCACCGGCGCCGGCGGAGGCGGCGAGAGGAAGAAGGAACGGAUGAAGAAGAUGAUGAAGACGCUCAAGGGGAUCAUCCCCGGCGGCGACCGGAUGGACACGCCCGCCGUCCUGGACGAGGCCGUCAGGUACCUCAAGUCGCUCAAGGUGGAGGUGAAGAAGCUCGGGGUGCGCGGAUCAAGAAGCUAGGGAGGGAUAGCGACCUCACAUGGCAAUGCAGGUCGAGUCAAUGAUGGAGGCAGAUAAGACGGGGAAGUUGGUGCUCGCUCCUUUUUGCGCUGCCAUGAUGCCAUCUGCGUGGAGCUCUCGAGGAUCAGUGGAAAGGAAUGAUAUGGAAGGAUUCAGUUGCCGCACGCGCCCCUCCCUCUAGUUGCGUGCGUGCCUGGAUUGUUGCUUUGCUUUUGUAGAAGUUGCUGUUUUUCUUCCUCCCUCCCUCCCCUCCGUCCUUCUCGUAUCUCUAGGUGCCGGUGCCGGUGCCGGCUGGUGUUGUAACUAGCAUGCUGAUUAUAUACACCGUGUUUUUGUUUA